UUUUUGUGAAAAAACAGUCUUCGGUGAGAUAUUACGAGUCGCGAAUAAAAAAAUAAAACAAGAAGUUCUGUAUUUUUUUAAUUUUGCAGAGAUCAAGCAACAAAGGAAUAAUUUAAUACAUUUAACAAUUUUAGUAUUCGAAUUACUGAUAAGUUGCCUCACCGUGGGCUAUAAGUUUAAAUAUUUUUUAUAGUAAAGUAGAUCAUUUCAUCUUCAUUGUAAAGGCCAUGGUACGCAAAUAUCGUACCAACGAACAGAUAAUUUAUCCCAUAAUAUCUGUGUCCAUACAUUAUGUAUAUGUAUACGAUACACAUAUUCAUUGAUAUCUCAAAGGUUAAUGUCAGCAACAGAUAACUGAGAUAUAAUGUUAAACAGUAACAUGCGGCUUUUUAAUAACUGUUGAGCAGUCAAUGCUUAAACCCAGGUAAGCUCAAACAACCAAAUAUAUGUGGAACCAGUUUCGCAGAUAAGUAAAUAUCAGACAUAUGUAUGUAUGUACGUAUGUAUGUAUGUAUGUAGAACCGUAUUUGAUAUGUAUAUGAAUGUAAAACCCACAAACAUAUGUAUUCUGAAGCACUAUAUUUAUUCACUUCGCAGCUGCUAAAUACCUGUUUAAUUCAAAAUUAAGUAACGAAUACAAUCAAAGUUGGAAAAGUUGGAAAAGCCUAAGAAUUUUCAUAAAAUAUGGCGACCACUUUUAAAAUCGAGAACUUCCUAUUUGAAUCUGUGGACGAUGGCAAUCUUGGAAAAGGAUCUUUCGGGCAUGUGAUAAAAGUCCGGCAUAAGCUAGACCAACAAAUCUACGCCAUGAAGAAGAUCUCGAUCACACUUCUCUUAGCAAAUGCUAUGUUAGAUGAAAACAAUUUACAAAAAUUGCUCGACGAAGUACAACUCCAGAGCCAAAUUAAUAACGAAAAUGUCGUCAAAUACAUAACAAGUUGGAUGGAGGGCGAUAAUGUCAAGGAAAAUAAAGUAGUUGAUUUUCCCAAAUUAUUAGAGAAUUCGUCCAAUUGUGUACCAACGGACUUUUUGUACAUUGUUUUGGAGCUUUGCGACACAGAUUUGAGAUCCUGGCUGAAGAAGAAUCAGACGCUUGAAAAACGGCAAAAUGAAUGUGAUUUAAACAACGCGCUUCAGCAACUCACGAACGGACUUAAGGCAUUGCACGAUUUGAACAUAAUCCACAGAGAUAUAAAGCCGGAAAAUAUCUUGAUAAAAAAUCAAACAUGGAAAAUUGGUGAUCUUGGUCUUUCCAGACAAAUUAACCCCACAGAUAUUGCAACCUCCGUGCUUCGAGGAAACUUGGCUUACAGGGCGAUCGAACUUCAAUCGUGUGAACUUGUUGUUCCUUCAAAAUCCGCAGAUGUUUUUAGUUUAGGCCUAAUUUUUGUUGAAAUUCUUCAACCCUUUACCACAGAUUCGGCAAAAUAUAAAGCAUUUUUUCAUAUUACAGAAGAUGAUAAACCAAACAACGCUAUUAAUAAGCUACUUAAAGAUAGCUUUCCAAUAGAAGGAGAAGUUAUUAAGAAAAUGUUAGUGAGGGAUCCAAAUAAAAGAGCGAACAUUGCUCAGGUCCUCGAUUGCUUUAAAAUGCAAAAGAACCCACAGCAAAUUAAAGUGAAAUCUAAACCAAAAGAUAACACAAAAAUUCAGCCUAUUAAAACCAAACUUCCACCAAAUCCGUACAAUCGUCCAAUUCAUUACAAGAUAGUCCCACCAGUUACGACAUUCUCCGGAAGAAAAGGGGAGCUGCACGAAAUUUCUAACGGAUUCAGGAAGCAAGAUCAAAAUUUAAUCAGGAACAUUUUCGUUAUCCAGGGCCUUGGAGGGGUCGGAAAAACAAAUUUGGCCAGAAAGUUUGCACAACUGUUUAGCGAACAGUGUGGCGGGGACGUGAUUUGGAUCGGGGCAGAAAACUCAACCGCUUUGACAAACAGUUUUAGCAAUUUCUUUGAAAAAAAGUUGAAGCUCUCGUGGGAUUCAGAAAGAAAAGAUGAGUCGUUAAAGAAAUUUUACGAGAUAUUUAAAGAGGAUACGGGCCGUCCACCUAAACCAGGACAAGAACAAAACAAAAAUUCCAUCAUCUUGAAACUAUGUGAAUUUCCAACUCUUAUAAUUUUCGACAACGCGGAAACAUUCAAAUCCACAAAGUCAUUCGAAAUACGGGAUUGCCUUCCCCACUUCCACGAGUUUUAUGGUUGCAGCGGCACAUUUAAAAUUCCAUAUUUCUUGAUCACCACCAGAAAAAAGGACUUGAUCGCGCAUUCAAGGAUAUUAAAUUUAAAGCCUUUGAGAACCGUAGAAGCUGUAGAAUUCGUUCAGAAAACAUUACUCGAAACUGAUCCAGACGAAGCCAAAUUGCUUUGUGAAGCUUUACAAAAUUUUCCCCUUGCUUUGCAACAGGCGGUUGCGUAUAUUAAAGAAAUGGAAGGAUUUAACUACAAGAUUCGAGAUUAUGUCAGAGACUUCGAAAAGAAAAGGGAAAUAGCGAAGAAAUUGCUGCAAUAUGAAUUUACUGAAAAUUCUGAUGACGACUAUGAACUUACUACGUACACAGUGUGGAACAUUACUUUGGAGAAAAUUAAACAGCUCGACCAAACAUCAAUUGACGUCUUAAGCAUUUUAUCCUAUCUCCCAGCCGAUAACGUUACCUGCGAAUUUCUCAAGGAUUAUUUAAACUUCUGUGGGAAAUUUGAAGAUGCCUCCGCGCUAAAUUCAAUUCUCCUCUUACCCAGCAAAUAUUCAAUGUAUACCUUAUCAAAAAACACAAUCAGCGUCCACCGCCUUGUUCAAAAAGUUACUAGGUUAACCUUAACUGAAACUGGACAAGAUGAAAUUUUACUUUCAAAUCUUAUGAAAUUCAUCCGGGACUCUAUUUUGGAAAAAGGCGAGUUAGAAUACUAUUUAGAACUUGACGACAAUUUUGGGAUUAGUUUUUCUACCCAUCCAUGCGAUAAUUAUUUUGAUCACAUAAAUUCAAUUUGGGAAUACGCCAUGGAGAAGCCAAACCUUCUCAAGGAAUUUUACCCGUUCGUCUUCAAACUUCGAAAAAAGUUAUCACGGCCUCCAAAAACAGAUGAGAAACACACACUUUCCAACACUCUGUUCAAGAUUCAGAAAACAUUCGCUAACCCAGAACCCGAAACUUGUGCUCAGGCUAUGAAAACCUUUUACUCCAAUAUGAACGUAUACACGGCCUUUUGGCAUGAUGAGAAUAUUCGACUUUGGGAAUUACUCGAUAUGCACUGGUUAUCUUCCUUCUACCCACUGAGUGAUAUCACUCUUAAAUUUAAAGAAGACAAUUUACAAUUUCUAACGAAUCAAAAAAAGCAUGAUGUCGCCUUACCACUGUACAAGUUGGAAUAUGAAAGCAGAUGUCAAACCUUUGGGAAGGAAUCGGAACAAGCAUUCCGAAUUUUGAAAGGGUUUGCAAAAGCUCAAGGGGAAACAGAUAUUGAUAAUGGGUUUCAGCUUUAUAUGGAGGUUAUAGAUCAGGCAAAGGUUAAGGGGGACGUAAUUUUAAUUAAGGGUUGUCAAGAGGAUUUGAUUCAUUUUAUACGAAGUGGCGUAGAACUAAAUCACGAAGGUAGGAAAUCCGGUGGAGAUAAGUAUUUCCAUGUUACUAGAGAAAUUUGUCGAGAGGUUUAUGAAAACGAUAAGAAAGCGAUGGAAAUUGGCUCAUGUGAAAUGCAGUCUGGAUUACACCUAAUUUGGUUUUGGGAACGGGAAGAAAACAAAUUAAUUAGGUGUGAGAACAUUGUCAGAGUUUGUCAGGAAAUGAUAGGUUUGUACAAAAAGUUUGGGAUUGCAGGAUUCGAUUUUUUAGAAAAUAAGGCGCAAGAAGAAGUAAUUCUCCUAGCCCAGGAACAUAUUAAAGCCUUAUUUAAAUCAGCAGCUCCGAUAGAAGAGAGUAAAAAAGCUAAACAAAUUGUGAACACAUUACUGCAAACCUAUGAUUACAAAUAAAUUUUAUUGUACAUAACUUA